CGACAGCAGCAGCGCGAUCCUAUGAGUAACUACCUAGAAAUAAACCCAUUCUGCUGCAUGGGACUCACUCCCAGCAAAAUGAGCAAAUGCGACUGCAGCCUAAAGUCUGUUCAUACUAUUUCACAGUAGGACGGGGGGCGGGUUGCAAGUGCUUGGAGUCGUGUGCCGGGGCGCGGCUUACGGACACUUGGCCGCCAAAUGCAGACGGUGAGGGCGCCGACAUCUUUACGCCAAGCGCAACAGUUUACAAGAGUGAUUCGACCCCCCUCCCCCUUUAAGCAAACAACACAACUUUGGCCGGCGACUCCCUGCAAGAUCCGCCGGCUCCUGAGGCGAAGGAAAGGCGGAGCCGACCAGGCAGGGAGAGAUGCCGAAGGCGGGGCUGCCAAGGGCGGGGUAGGCGGCUGCAUGUCGAGCGGGCUCCGCAGAGGAGCCGCUAGUCUGGGUCUCUCCGCGUGCUAGUUCGGGAUCGCGUCGCCCCGGGCCCCGAGACGGAGAAAAGUUGUUGUAAGUAGCGCCGAGAAGUCCCCGAGCUUUCGGAACAACCCCUCCUUCUCCGGGGGAGGGCGGGAUGUCAGUGGGAGGCGGGCCGGCUAGCCAAAUAUUUGCGGAGCCCGGGAAGGCGCCGUGAGAUUCCGAGCCCCUCUCUCCGGACAGCGAGCUCCGCUUUCCAAGCACGGCCGGCUCUCGCCUCCUCCAGCAGCCUUCCCUUCUUUUCCGCUCGUUUCCCCGCCACCCCGCGGUGCAAACGAGAUUCCAUUAAUGCCUUAAUAAAUAAACGAAACCGAGACGGCAACAAGGGGCGAUAGGUGGGCAGUGACGGGCUUCUUCUGUACGUCAUAAGGUACAGCAUAUCCUCGAAAGGGGGUUGGGGGAGAGGAGUUUGCUUUUGUACACGUCUACGAGAAGCACGCGCCUCCUGGCCAAAACUUUAUUGGGUUAAGCUUUGCAGGGCAGGCUUUAAAUCACAGCGGCUUCUACAGGGUUUGCCAAGAAAGCAAAAGUAAUUGUGCUCAACGGGACCUGCCACGAAACGUCAUGGUUCGGAGUGAGUGAGUGAGUGAAUGAAUGACUCUUUAUUUGCGUCAGCUAUCGGCCAUAGCAAUAAAACAACAAUACGAUAUACAAAGAAUAGAAAUAAAAAGUAAAUUAUAUAAAAUACAUUUUAGAGUUUUGAAUCAAUAGUCAAAUAGUGGAUCUUAUUCUGAUUGCCCCAGCUAAAAACCUUGGUGGUUUGGAGUGCUUUUGAUCAGGGUGCCAGCCAACUAGCUAUAUACCCUUUUCGAGGACACUCCAUUCCAGCCCAUCUUUGUCAUGAUUUCUGCUCCAAGCUCCCAACAGACGCUCAGAUGUUCUCUAGCCACUGAACACAAAAAAUCCUCAACGACUGUUUUGGUUACCCCCACUUCUUAAAAGUACCCCCAUUUAUUGCAACCCUUGGGGUAUCUCGAAGUCUACCACGGUGUACCUCCAUUUUGUGCUUGGAUGUGUCUUUCCGACUACAUAAGAAUGAGUGCUUGGAGCUUGCUAUGAGCACAUAGAAGAAAAGAAGAGUUUGGAUUUGAUAUCCCACUUUAUCACUACCCGAAGGAGUCUCAAAGCGGCUAACAUUUUCCUUUCCCUUCCUCCCCCACAACAAACACUCUGGGGCUGAGAGACUUCAGAGAAGUGUGACUAGCCCAAGGUCACCCAGCAGCUGCAUGUGGAGGAGCGGAGACACGAACCCGGUUCCCCAGAUUAUGAGUCUACCGCUCUUAACCACUACACCACACUGGCUCUCCACAUAGAUAUUUAUGUUACAACAUCACUCUUGGCAUAUGAGCAAAGCCAGGCUUAUUGCUAGACAAGUCUUGGUGGUUGCCUAGAGCAGUCCUUUUGCUGCAUCAGCAGGAGGAGAGGAGGGAAUAGCUUCUACUGUUGAGGAAUAGUAGAGAGGAAGGAAACAGCCAAGGGGCAAGAGGAGAUACAGUUAAAGGCAGCAUGAGAAAAAGCAUAUUGGAAAAUAGUAUGUCUGCUGCUUGUUGAAUAGUGGGGAUGGACAGACCUCCUUUGGCAGGGCAUUCCCGUGUCUUGUGGCACCAUUGCCCCAAAGGCCUUGUGUAAUAUGCUCACCUGCAGUACUUCAAAUAACCAUGGUACAUAGAGCAGGGCACCUAUAGACAGUCUGGACUUUUGGACAGACUUGUACAGGUAGAUGCAGUUCUUAAGAUACUCUGGUCCUGGGCCAUAAGGCAGGGGCAGAGGAUCCUCCGCCCCCCCACCUGGCAGGAGCCAUGUUUACUUGUGGGCAGACAGGUGGUGGGAAAGGUUAGAGGGGAAAGUAGGCAUGGCCAAAGGUAAAUGUGGGCAGGGCAGAUGAUAUACCAUAGCUUGAAAAAGGUAAGAAUCUCAUUUGGGAAAGUCAGAGGUUUCUAGCCCUGUACAUGUUCACUUCCUGAUCAAGGGUGCUGGGGCAGAGGCGGAGCUAGCUGCUCCGGCACCCGCACCCAGAGGGCGCCGCCCACGCAGCGAGCGUCCCUGGUGGGGGUGGCACUGCAAUGUCAACCCCCCUCAGGGAUGACAACCCGGGGGUGCACCACCCUUCCUCUGCCACUGUCCCGGGGCUGUGUAAAACAACUGUGACACCAAGGAAGUGUGCUUUAACCUCACUGCAGAUUCUUUUUUUGGUCAUUUUCUAUAGUGAACAGAGUUUCUUUAAUUGCUUUACUCAACAGCCUUAAACAGCUACCAAGAGAGUUUUUGAAACUGAAUUUAUCCCUAGCAACAUUUUUUUGCCUGUUAACAUCUGCAUAGAGUGAGGCAAGAUCAUGAUGUCGACACUUCUGUAAAGUGUCUGGUACACCAGCCUGAAGAUACCGCUUGCUUAAGCUGUCUGGGUUUGUUUUACAAAACAUAGACCCUGGCAUCAUGCCUCUUGGUCUUUUAUGAUAGCUGUAAUCUGGGAUACACAGAAAUCUGUCUCUCUCCCCCGCCCCUUUUUUUUUUUUAAUCAUGCCCAUGUGAGGAAGAUAGGCCAAGACUAGCAGAUACCUUCGAGUGGAGAUUCUAUUUCAUUCCUUUGUUUCUCUUGUCACCUUGGUAAAGUCUGCUCCCUUCAAGUACAAUAGAAGCAAGAAAUAUUUUCUUUUAUUUUCAAGCCUUUAUUCUCUCUUCUGGAGUUGUGGGAAAAUAAGAGGAUUCCAUCAGCUCAUGCUCAUUUGUUUAGCCCUGCCAUAUGUGAUUCAUGCAGAAAAUUAAACCCAAGUAGAACAAUAAGAAGUAGAUUGAAGAUGUUAAGAACCCUACAGCUUUUGGAGCCGCAGUUUGGGUGUUUGUGAAGGGGGCUGUUCAUGAAACAGCUUAAAGAUCAUGUGAGUCAUUGUUGUGUCUCAAAAAUACUUGUGUAGAAUUCAGAUCAUUUCACUUAUAAAACUUGUGUACUUUUAAUUCUCAGAUUUGUGUGACAAGACAAAAUCUAUAAAAGUCCCCAGGUUCAUCAAGGCUAACUCAAGACAGUGCAUUUGAUUGCUUAUGUGUAUUUCUAAAGUACCAACUGCAUAUGCAUAGCAUGAUACAAAUAAAUGGACCAUGUGAAAAUUGUCUUGCAGAGAUCCUCUUGCCUUAGGGCACAGGACAGUCGUUGGUCAAGAACAUGGAACAGAAUGAAGAUCAGAAAAUGAAUCCUGAAAGAACUUGGGAGAAUUUCAACAAUUUGGUAAUCUUUAUUGUGUGUGUGUUUAUUUACCGUAUUUUUUGCCCUAUAGGACACACUUUUCCCCCUCCAAAAAUGAAGGGGAAAUGUGUGUGCGUCCUAUGGGGCGGAUGCAGGCUUUCGCUGAAGCCUGGAGAGCGAGAGGCGUCAGUGCGCACCGACCCCUCUCGCUCUCCAGGCUUCAGGAAGCUAUCCGCAAGCCUUGCGCGCCCGGCGGGAGGUCCCGCCGGGCUCGCAAGGCUUGCAGGCAGCAGCCUGCAGCCCGAAGCACGGGGCGAGCUGCGGAGCCCGCCCCGUGCUUCGGGCAGAUGUCGGCAAGCCUUGCGCGCAGCAGCCUGCAUCCCGAAGCAUGGGGCGAGCUGCGGAGCCCGCCCCGUGCUUCGGCCCCCCCAAAAAACUAGGUGCGUCCUAUGGGGUGGUGCGUCCUAUGGGGUGAAAAAUACGGUAUGUUACACAUGCUAGGUUGGCCUUAGGCAAGGGGACAUAAUGACCCACUUAAUCCUUCUGGUGCUCUGGCCUGCCAGAUUCAAAGAGCUUUUACUCCCCAGGCUCUUUAUCUGCAGCCUCCCCAGAAAAUAAAAUCUAUGGGAAAGUAUUUCAGGCCCUUGCAAAUAGUGCAACUUUAUUUACAGACCAUAAGCAGUGUAGGGUUAUCAGGACAACCACAGCAAAACAAAAUGAGACAUGGAGACAAAUGGUACCUUUUUAAAAUGGGAGCAUAACAGCGCAAUCCAAUUCAUGCCUACUCAAAAGUAAAUCCUAUGAAAUUUAAAGGGUUACGAUUGCAGCCUCAAUCUGUAAGCAAUUAAAAUUGCUAAAAUUAAAAUUGCUAAAAAUACAGAAAUUUCAACUCAAAACAUGUGACAUUUAAUAAUUGUGAUCUAGUUUUGAUGACUACAGCAAGGAACUUGGCUAUAUCUUCUGUUACCUUAGAGUUGGAAUCUGACCUUACUUGUCAUUCAUCUGAAUUUCCCAAGUGUAGGGAAAGUGCUAGGAAAAUGAAACGGGGACAUAUAGUCAUAUAAGCUUCAAGAGAACAGCUUUAGCAAGGACAAACACUUAGGUGCCAAGGCAGCCCAGUAAAUUGCCCUUCCUAAUGCUGAGUAGUUGGUAAUGUGUAAACAACAUUUCACAUGACUCUAAACUGUAAUAGAAUUGUCACAAGUUCUACUCUCAACAUUUAUAUAUAUCUAGAGAGAGAGAUCUUCUUGUCCCUCGGUGUGUGUAUGCCACACUUUGCAGCUGAAUUUCCCACUUGGUGUACCUCAUGAACUGUGCUCUAGCAACAGAGGUUUAUGCCAUAAUCAAAUUUGCUAGCCUUUAGGGUGCCCCAAGGCUCUCUCCUUUGUUUUUGCUACGGCAAACUAACAUGGCUGCUGCUUUGAAAAUUGGUAAUGGAAAGAACUAUCUCUAUCAUCAUGUAAAAGAGCGAAUUUGAGCAGGCACAGCUUUUUCUCAUGAUUUCAGUUAUACCUUGACGGAAGCAGCACCUGCUGUGAAAUACAUCCCGGUAUGGAAGCCCUGCCUGUAUAGAUACAGCAACCCUACUCCUCUCUUUUUGCUGAUAUGUCCACCUCCAAACCACAGAUCAAGGGAUCUGCAAUGGUCCAGGAGAUGAAAACGGCAUUACUGUGCCUUUUUGUAUUUCACACAAGAAUAAAUGUGUUGUAAAGACUAGAGAUUACAUUCCGUUCCCAUUUACAUGUUUUGAAUUGCAUUUCCUUCCCACCUCUUCACAAAGGGUUGAUGAAGAAAUGUAAUCUGUGGAGGUGGCUCCCUUCUGGGAAUAAACCUUGGUGCCUAAAAAUCAUCAGUGAAAAUCAUGGCUCUGCAAUGGAACCAGCCUUAAGUUGCUUCAGUUCAUUAUUGAUAUUUUAGUUACAUUUUGCAUCCUAAAACCUCGUGCACAAUUAGAACAGUUUCCGAUAAGAGUAUAUAUGAGUCCACGAAGGUCAGCAAUGCAAGGAAUCUACCAAUACGGAUAAAGUACUCUUAAAUACCUCUUAGGUUUAUGUAUCGUAUCUUCUCCUUUUCAGGUGAUGGAUUUACAAGUAGUUGGCACACCAGAUGCUCUCCCCCAUGUUCAUAAAAGAAUCUGUAUUGAUGAGUUUGACUGUCCUCCCAGUAAGCACUGCGAACACGACCUUUUCCCUAAAUGGCAUUUGCCGGUGAAGACAGCAUUGGUACUGUCCUUGCUAACCUUUAUCUACACUUUCCUAAGGGACGUCAUCCAUCCCCUUGUAACUAAUCAAGGAAACACAUUUUAUAAAAUCCCAAUCCUGGUCAUAAAUAAAGUCUUACCAGUGGUUUCAAUUACCCUGCUGGCUCUGGUUUAUUUACCAGGAGUACUGGCUGCAGGUUUCCAGUUCCACUAUGGAACCAAGUAUAGACGUUUUCCACAAUGGUUGGACAGAUGGAUGCUAUCAAGGAAACAGUUUGGACUUCUUAGCUUCUUCUUUGCCUCAUUACAUGCCUGCUAUAGCUUGUGCUAUCCAAUGAGGAGAUCCUACAGAUACAAACUCUUGAACUGGGCAUAUCAACAGGUACGCCAUUUUGUUUUGUCAUAAUGCCAUUAAAUCGGUUUAAGCUGAUGGUGUGCUGGCAUCUGGAAUGCUGUGUGGGUCUCCCAGUCCCAUAAUGAAUAUUGUAGAAUGAUGGCCUUAUACAAAAGUGUAACAGACUGUGCAAUCCUAUACAGAAUUAAGUCCCGUUGAGUUCAAUGGGGAUUAAUCCUAGGUACGUCAGUAUAGGAUUGUACCUUUAAAUGAUUAGAAAUUGUGAGUUGGAAACACCAAGGUGAGGGCUGACAUAGUUAAAGUUUAUAAACUUACAAAUAAAGCAGAGAGAACAAAUACAAAGAUUUAUAUCCCAAAACAUUUGUACCCAGGUUCAUUCAAUGGAACUAAUUAUCAGGUGGUCCAGAAGAAGAAGAAAUACAAUUCCCCACAGCAUGAAUAAUGUCUGGAAAUCAUUAACACAGGAUGUUUUGAUAGCUACUGCUUGCCUGACUUUUUAUUUUAAGUCCUCAUUAUUAUUUUUUAAAAUCACAGAUCUCUGAUUUAUCCAUGUCUAUAGCCAAAAAUAAUAAAAUGGUAGGGAUAUCCAAUGUGGUGCCUUCCAGAUUUUGGCUCCUUAAUUCCCUUUAGCCCCAGCCAGCAUGGUCAGGGAUUGGGAGAGCUGCAGCCUGACAACAUCUGUAGAGCGCUGCGUUGGCUUCUCCUCAUAUAAAUUAUGCCUUCCAGAGAAUUUUGGUAGAUGCAGUUGUCAAGGUGAGAGAACCUGCGCCUGCUGUUGAAAGUUUCCAGAUCCCAGACCUCCUUUGCACCUCAACACAGUUCUAACUGUAAAUACCGAAAUCACAGCAGCUCAUUUCUGUAUAUAGGCCAAUUAUGCAGGUUAUUUGAAAACAUCUAGACUCAUUGGCUGCUCUGGCAGAGCGAAAAAACUUGCCAAGUAAGCCUACUGAUUAGCUGCUUAAAAUACUGCUUCUUGGUGUUGCUUACCUCUUCUUACAGUUUGCCAAAGGUUGUGUUUAGCUUUUAGAUGGAAUUCUGUUUGUCAGCAAAUAAUGCAGUCCUGCUGGGAAAAACAAGUUAAAAAGGAAUUGGAACAAGUCUCCUUGGGGGUCAAAACUUUGCUGAAGUAAAUACUUCUCCAUCUAAUUGACUUUCCUAUGGUUAGUGCUGAUGGCACUUUUUGGGGGGACAUCAGUAUAAACAAUGCUGCAGUUAAAGAUCUGAAAUGGGACCAUGCUCUAAUUUGUAGCAUGCACAGGUGAACAGAAAAUAUCAACAGAAUCCCAACGUAUCCUGUUUUGUGCAGCAUUUUAGUUAGCUGACAAUGAUCUAUACAAGAUACAGGCUGGUUCACACACCUGGAUACUUUCAUCCCAUCCGUGAAAUGCAUACAGGCUUGGAUGGGGGAACUUUAGUGCCAACUGGGGUAUUUUUAUUUAUUUUUUAAUCCCACUGUUAUUCCCAUGAUAGCUGCAAUUGCAAAAAAAUUUUAAAAAAUCUCUAUACAGUUUGGUUCUUACUGGAGUUUCACCAUGGAAUCUUAAGUGUACUUGUCAUUCUAACACUUCUUAAAGUGUAGUGUUCUGUCCACAGGUGAAGCAGAAAAAGGAAGAUGCCUGGAUUGAACACGAUGUCUGGAGAAUGGAGAUUUAUGUGUCUCUAGGAAUUUUGGGGCUUGCUCUGCUGGCUGUAUUGGCAGUAACGUCAAUUCCAUCUGUCAGCCUCUCGCUGACCUGGAGAGAGUUUCAUUAUAUCCAGGUACACAUAAACAAAACGGCAUAGAUUGUUCAUGGCUCAGUGGUAAAACACAUACUCUUUGUGAUAGAUUUGAGGUUCACUCUCUGGUAUUGCCAAUUGAGAAGAUCUGAAAAACGGGGGGGGGGACACUUCCUCCCCCCCUUCUGUGAUCCGACACUGGACAUUUACAAAUAGCUGCUGAUGCGAUCAUAUUCCCAUACCACCAGAUGGAAAUUGAUUAGAGCCGAAGAUGGAUCCUUGCAUGAAAGAGUUUGUGUGACCAGAUAUUGCUGGACUACUACCCUCACCAUCCCUGGCCAUUGGCCAUGUUGAAUAGGGCUGAUGGGUGUUGGGGAUUCAACAAUAACUGGAGUGCCACAGAUUCUUGCCCAUGCGGCAUGUGGAGCCUUCUCCAUAUGUAAAUCAGCUUAUAAGGAUGCACUUCAAUCUGUUGUUCGAUGCAGCAAACUGGGACACUUGCAAGUAAUUUCCCUGCUCCCAUUUUGUAUAUGCAAAGAGCAGUGCUGAACCCACCAGGGCCAGUAGAAGGAAUUUUGGCACAGCUUGCAUUGGAAACAAAGGGAGAGCUAGUCAAGAUACAGACCAAAGAUCUCAACUCUUCCGCUAUAGAAUGCAGGUGGCACGAAUCUCUUAUCUAUUAAAUUCAGGCACCACACAAGAGAUUUCCCCUAUAACCAGGCCUUUUAGAAGUGGGUGGAAUGUUUUUAAUGUAUUUCUUUUUCCUCUUUAUUCUUAUGUAUCUAUAGAGGGGUGUUGUCUGUCUGUUCGUUUGUAAGUCGCUUUGAGUUGCUCUGGACAAGAUAAAGCGACUAACAAAUUGAAUAAAUAAUAAUAAUGAUGAUGAUAGUAAGAGUUUAGAAAAUAUAAAAUCACUCUACCAGAUUUCAAGUUGGCUGUGGUAGAGUUCCAUUUGUCUUAUGCAGACCUAAGUCUUAGAACAUGGGUAGGCAAACUAAGGCCCGGGGGCCAGAUCCGGCCCAAUCACCUUCUAAAUCCGCCCCAAGGACAGUCCGGGAAUCAGCGUGUUUUUACAUGAGUAGAAUGUGUCCUUUUAUUUAAAAUGCAUCUUUGGGUUAUUUGUGGGGCAUAGGAAUUAGUUCAAUUUUUCCCCAAAAAAUAUAGUCCAGCCCCUCACAAGGCCUGAGAGACAGUGGACCAGCCCCCUGCUGAAAAAGUUUGCUGACCCCUGUCUUAGAAGCUCAGUGUUCUAAGCACAUGAGGCAACCACCUUGCUGAAGCUAAGCAGGUUUGGUCCUGGUCAGAUUCUGGAUGGGUGACUGCCUGGAAACCACUUGUUUCCUUGAGUUGCAUGAGCAAAGAAAGGUGGGGAUAUAAAUAUAAGGUAGAUAAUGUUUUGGCAUAGGACUGAAUAUGCAGCUAAAACAACAAGGAGCAUUCUUCAACAAUUGCACAGAAUCUUAAUUAAGCCUUCGGUGUUUUAAAAUAACAAGGGUUGUCGCCUUUUGAACUAAUUCUUGUGCUGUAACAACUGCUUUUAUCUGCAGCAAUCAGCAGAUGACAUUUAUUUCCAUGCCUGCAUAUUAUGUGCAUGGAAAGCUGUUGAUAAAUGCACACAGGCAGAUGCCCCCCCCCACCUGUUUGAUGGAAACCCUGAAUAUGCAGCAGUGUGUAUUAUAGUUUGUUUUAAUUUCCUUUCAUUUUUAAAGGUUAACCUAUUCUUUCUUUCUUUCUUUCUUUCUUUCUUUCUUUCUUUCUUUCUAGAGCAAGAUGGGACAUUUAGCUUUGCUGCUGUGCACCAUUCAUGCAUUAGUGUUUGCAUGGAAUAAGUGGAUUGACAUAGGCCAGUUUAUAUGGUAUACUCCCCCUACUUUUAUGAUGGCAGUCAUUCUUCCAAUUGUGGUUCUGACUUGUAAAGGUAUACUGCUUUUGCCAUGCCUUAGGAAGAGACUAGAGAAGAUCAGAUCUGGCUAUGAUGCUAAUGCUCUGGCAAGUAGUACACAGAUAACUUCCAGACUGUAGAUUUUAAAUGUGCAUGUACUUUGCUGGCAAUAUUCAGGUGUUUUUUUAAAAAGACCAUAAGGAAACAGUCGUCUUUAUUUUUACAUAGAGUAAUCUGCACUGAGUUCAGUGAGGCUUACUUCUGGGGUGCAUCGGUUAAAAGUUUUUUGGUUGUUGUUUUUCUACUGAUGGAUUUUAAAAUAUCUUACUUCACUAUAGGUAGUUUUCUGAAAAUUUACUUAACAUUACAAGUUUACGUAAGCUUAGGCUAAAGUAUGCAUGUGGAAAUUAAAAUCUCAGGUGCCCCAUAUGUGAACUUCACUUUAAAAAUACCGAAGAUUUUUCAAUACAAGUACAGCAAUGACAACCUUCUCUUCAGGGAAACUGUGGAAUAAUAACACAACUAUUAUCACAACCCUGUUUAUAUUCACAUCAGAUCUUUAAAAAAAUGCAAUAUAAUAAAUAAUUCCUAACACUUUAAAAUGCAAACACAGAGCUGCCUUGCCGGAAACAGCUUCUCAGUUCAUUUCAGUGGCUGGAGUAGAUCAGUAUGUACAUGCUUUUGUGCCCAGAGGUCAUAUCUUUAUUAUUAACCUAAUGAGAUCUCCUGUGCUUAACGAGAUCCAAAUGCAUAUCUAGAUCAUGGGAUGCACCCAGAUUACUUAAUAAUUUAAACACCACAGAACCUUUGUAGCAAACCAAGCUCAGCCUUAAGAACAGAAGGAGGCCUUGCUGGGUUUAGACCAGGAUCCAUGCAGUCUUGCAUACUGCUCUGCAACAUGCAGGAUAACCUUCCCCAACAUCUGGUCUUAAGGGUAUAUUGCUUCAAUCCAAGGAGAGUUGUGUUUAGCUAUCAUUUCUGACAGCUGAUGAAAGAGAGUUCCAUGGAUUUUUAGAAUCCGUCUUUUAAAUUCACCUGAGCUACUUGCAAUCACCACAUUUUUUUGCCAGUAAAUUCCAUAAGUUAAAUACUAGGGGCUGGAUACUGGGCUUCUUCCAUUCCCAGGAGGGAUUCCUAUGCAGUGGAAAUUCCUGUUGUUAGAAGGGGUGCCAUUUUUGCUGUUUUUCUGCUGCAGUCUCCUGCAUCACUUCCCUUGCUGUUUCAGGAGGUUCCUAACCCUCUGGAGCAGCUGUUUUCAGGCUGAUGGUGAAGGAGGAUUUGGCAGAAAUUCCUCUUCCACUGGCAAGGGAAUUCCUUGAAUUGGACCCCCCUCAUGGGAAGGCUGAUUCCCACCCGUGUCCUUUUUUUGGUCCUGGACUUCUGUGACUCAACUUUCUUGGGUGAAUGCAGAUUACAGUGUUGAGAGAGAGCUGAUUAACCACAUAAAUUGUUUUAUUUCACUUCUAUAAAAACCAAUAUGUGUAUUAAAGAGUAUUUGACAUGGAUUGGUCUGGAAUAUGUUUUGCAAUUUGAUUUUUUUAGAAGACAUUUUUCCAUAGUGAGGUAGGGAUUGAGCCCUUCGCCAACAGUAAUUUGGGUUCCAAAGAAUUGUUUCACUUUGAGACUCUUGCCUCUAUUCUGCAUUUCUUAAAAUUAUGUUGUAAAUUGAGUACUGUAAAUAAGAAUUCAGCUAUACUUGUAGAAAAUGUGUGUUUUUUCACAUUUACUGUAUUUAAAACAAUAAAACUUCUAUACUCCAGCAGUUUUAUAU